ACUCGAGAUGACGUGGUGUCUCGAAUAAGUACUUAUACAUUAGAGCGAGACGGAGCGAUCGGCACACGCACCGCGACGUGGCACACAAGUAUAGUCACAAGCGACAAGGCUCGACGCCGCUCUGAGCUACUUCCUCAUCGCGAUCCCGGUUAUGCUAGACCGACGCGACGAUAACUCACAUUAAAAAAUGAACACACAGUAUUUGCCUUAUGGGGAACCAAACGCCAACUUGCCACAAAAGCCUAUUAACGUACCACCACCUAGCAAUGCACAGAUGAAUCAAAAUAAUAUUGUGGACCAAAUGUCAAACGUAUCUUUGACUGGUCCACAAAAACCUGCGUCUUCUGUGAAUGGCGUUCAUAAUCAAAACCAUUACCAAUCGCAAGAACCAGCCGAUAAAGUCAGCCAUGUACCACAUCAGCAAGGCCCGCCUGCAACACAAAAUUCCGGUCUUCCAUUUUCGUACGGACCUUCUGGAACACCCCAUUUUCCAGGACAACAGUAUUCAGGACAGCCACCUACCUCAGGGUCGCUUCCAGGAGCAAACAUUCCGAGAAGUAUGCCACAAGUUUCACCUGCGAUGAAUCAACCUGGACCACCAAAUCCCGGACAGCAACAGCAACAACAUUUCCAACAGAAUAACUUAGCUGGUCCCCCAAUGCCAGGUCAACCACCAAAUCAACAAAACUUGGCUGGCCCACCGAUGCCUGGUCAAAAUCCUCAAGGUCCAUCUGCGUUUAAUCAAAGACCACCAAUGCCUGGACAGCCUGGUAGCUUACCAGGACAGCAAAAUUUGUCUGGGCCUCCAUUGCAAGGACAGCAAAACUUUUCUGGACCUCCAUUACCAGGACAGCAAAGUUUGUCUGGACCUCCGUUGCCAGGACAACAGAAUUUGACUGGACCUCCGUUGCCAAGACAGCAAAAUUUAUCAGGACCCCCAAUGCCUGGUCAGCAAAAUUUCUCAGGACCACCAAUGCCUGGUCAACAGAAUUUCUCUGGACCUGGUAUGCCAGGUCAGCAGAACUUCUCUGGACCUCCUAUGCCAGGUCAGCAGAACUUCUCUGGACCUCCAAUGCCAGGUCAGCAGAACUUCUCUGGACCUCCAAUGCCAGGUCAGCAGAAUUUCUCUAGACCUCCAAUGCCUGGUCAACCAAAUCUGUCAGGGCCUGCAAUGCUUGGCCAACCAAAUCUAUCUGGACCUCCUCUUCCUGGCCAAGCAAAUAUGUCUGGCCCUCUGUUAUCUGGUCAACAGAAUCUCCAAGGUCCCUAUUCAAAUCAAGCACCAGGUCAACGUCCAUAUCCUUCUGGUCCUCCAUUACCAGGACAGCAAGCCAAUCCACCGUAUGGUAUGAACCAAGGUUUCCAGCAACCAAAUUAUGGACCUGGGCAGCCAAUGUAUGGAAAUCAGCCUGGUCCUUACCAAGGUGGCCCUGGAGGAUUCCAAAAUAAUUCUCAAACACCACAAGGCAAACUCGAUCCUGAUCAAAUGCCUAGCCCAAUCCAAGUUUUCCAAGAGGACCAAAGAUUAAAAGGUGGGAACUUCUUAACUAAUCAAAAAGGACUGGUGCCUCCAUUAGUUACUACGAAAUUCAGUGUUGUUGAUCAAGGAAAUGCAUCUCCAAGAUUUAUUCGAUCAUCAAUCUACACUGUUCCUACGCAAGCUGAAAUGGUGAAACAUACUCAAGUUCCAUUCGGAAUAAUUUUAAGCCCAAUGGCUCAAGUGGAAGAGGGAGAACACGAACCACCUAUUGUAGACAUGGGAGAGGUUGGUCCAGUACGUUGCAUUCGAUGCAAAGCUUAUAUGUGCCCUUUCAUGCAAUUUGUUGAUGCUGGAAGAAGAUUCCAAUGCGUAUUUUGUAAAGCAACUACAGAAGUUCCACAAGAGUAUUUCCAACAUUUGGAUCACACUGGUCAACGUAUGGAUCGUUACGAAAGACCAGAAUUGAUGCUUGGAACUUUUGAGUAUAUAGCAACAAAGGAUUAUUGCAGGGACAAUGUUUUUCCCAAGCCACCAGCGCUUAUUUUUGUAAUCGACGUUUCUUACAAUAAUAUAAAAUCGGGCCUUGUGCAAUUACUCUGUGCUAAAAUGAAGGAAAUCAUUCGAAAUCUACCCGUCGACGCAGGACAGACUAAGUCCAACAUGAAAGUCGGUUUUAUAACGUACAACAAUUCAGUUCAUUUUUACAAUUGCAAACCCAAUCUUGCUCAACCGCAAAUGAUGCUUGUUGGAGAUGUUCAAGACGUUUUUAUGCCACUUUUGGAAGGUUUUCUAUGUGACGUUGAAGAAAGCGAAUCGACAAUAGAUAGUUUAAUGACGCAGAUUCCAAUAAUGUUUGGAGAUACUCGAGAAACGGAGACAAUCCUCGGACCAGCUAUUCAAUCGGGAUUAGAAGCUCUCAAGGCUUGCGAGUGUGCCGGAAAACUUCUCGUAUUUCAUUCUUCAUUACCUAUUGCGGAAGCGCCAGGAAAAUUGAAGAACCGAGACGACCGUAAUGUUAUUGGAACAGACAAGGAAAAAAGUGUCUUAGCUCCACAAACGAAUUUCUACAACACCUUAGGCCAAGAAUGCGUUGGAUCUGGAUGUAGUGUAGAUCUAUUCCUCUUCAAUAAUUCUUACAUUGACGUGGCUACUAUUGGCCAAGUUGCUAGACUGACAGGUGGUGAAGUCUACAAAUACACUUACUUCCAAGCUGACAUUGACGGCGAUAGACUGAUCACUGAUGUUAUCAACAACAUUAAUAGACCUAUCGCUUUUGACGCUGUCAUGCGCGUUCGAACUUCGACCGGCGUAAGACCAACCGAUUUCUAUGGUCAUUUGUAUAUGUCUAACACGACUGAUAUGGAACUGGCUAGUAUAGAUUCUGAUAAAGCUAUAGCGAUCGAGAUUAAACACGAUGAUAAGUUAGGGGACGAGGAAAGUGUAUAUAUUCAAGCAGCUCUUCUUUACACAUCUUGUAGUGGAGUAAGGAGAUUACGAGUAAUUAAUUUGAGCUUAAAGACUUCAUCGCAAAUGGCAGAACUCUAUCGAGCCUGCGAUUUGGAUGCCAUAAUCAAUUUCCUAUUGAAACAGAAUGUCUCUAAGCUUGUGGAAUACUCUCCAAAGGCAAUAAAAGAUGGUCUGAACUCGAGAUGCGCUGCUAUUUUAGCUGCUUAUAGAAAACAUUGUGCUACUCCAUCGAGUGCUGGGCAGUUGAUACUUCCAGAGUGCAUGAAACUAUUACCUCUUUACAUUAAUAGUUUACUCAAGAGUGAUGCACUGACUGGAGGAGCUGGAAUAACGAUUGACCAAAAGUCUUAUGUAAUGAUGGCGGUUUCUUCAAUGCCCAUUACCGAAACCGUAGCUCAUAUAUAUCCGCGUUUACUUGCUCUACACACUAUUGAUCCUUCAACUACAGAAUUACCACCUGUAUUGCGCUGUUCGAUAGAUAAGUUCCAAGACGACGGAGUAUAUUUAUUAGAAAACGGAAUUCACAUGUUCAUCUGGUUGGGGCUGAGCCUAAAUCCACAAUGGGUGCAAUCAGUUUUCGGAGUUGCAUCUAUUGUGCAGGUGGACACGGACAAAACUACGAUUCCCGUACUGGAUAAUACUUUGAACAAGCGAAUCAGAGACAUAAUCUCGCAGGUGCAAAGUGAAAGACGUUAUUGCAUGCGGUUGACAUUGACGAGACAACGGGAAAAAAUGGAAAUGGUCAUGCGCCAAUAUUUAGUGGAAGAUCGAGGAGCUGACGGAAGUCCGAGCUAUGUUGACUACUUGUGCCACAUGCAUAGGGAUAUACGAGCACUUCUAAGUUAAUGUAACAACGAUUUCCGAUAAGUGCAAAGGUUCAAAGAAGUUUUUAUGGCACUUAUUGUAAUUUUUACAAUGUGAUGCUGAAAAUAUUAUUUGAUACAAAAAAUAUAUAUUUACAAAUUUUAUUUAUAUAUUUGUUUUAGCCUAUUUUAAAAGUUAGUAAUAAAAUUUUUUGUAUAUUAAUUAUGUUGGUUUUGAAUUCCAUGUGAUAUGUGAGAAUUUAAAUUUGAAUUUUUUGAAAAUUUGAAUUAAAUAGUGAAAAAUUGUACAGAGUCAGAGUAUUUUGAGAUUUGUUUACAGUUAUGGAAUACAUAUAAUGUGAAUGAAUGAAUGAAGAUUUAAUCGAUACAUGGAUAAAUGGUAUAUGUAAAAAUAUCCAAGAAUAAAUCUUGAUAUAUUUUUAUAUCAAAAAUUUAUUUCUGCACAGCAUUUACAUUUGUUAGGGCUCACUUUAUAAAGAUAUCAAGCUUCCUCAUUGAAAUAUUAUAAUUACUAUAUAUUUUAGUACAUUUUAUUUACUCUUGUUUUAAUUCCAUUUAUUAAUAAUAAAAUAUUUGUUAAAAUCAUACCUA